CUUGUCUCUGUUCAAUCUUGCCCCAGGGGCACGUCCGUACCAGUCAGUCCUGUCCAGGGUCCUGUUGACAGAUAAAAUGUUGGGGAUGGCGGGUUAGUCAACCACAGGAGGGGGGUGGCACCUUAAUUGGGGAGGGCGGGCUCUGGGUAAUAGCUGGAGAGGAAUAGUUGGAAGGGUAUCAAACACAUGGUUUCUAAGUGUUUGAUGCGAUUCCAUUUGUUCCAUUAUAAUGAGCCAUCCUCCCAACAGCAGCCUCCACUGGAGUCAACCCGCAAAGUACUAGUACGCAUAUUUACAGUUUGGCACAGUGCAAUUAUUUAUGACAUGUUUAUAAAUUAAGUGAUAUGAUUUCGAUAAUUUGAUUUCUCUGCAAGUGCCUAGUAAUAAUAGUUUAGUAAUAAUAGUUUAGUAAUAAUAGUCUAGUAGUAAUAGUCUAGUAGUAAUAGUCUAGUAGUAAUAGUCUAGUAAUAAUAGUCUAGUAGUAAUAGUCUAGUAGUAAUAGUCUAGUAGUAAUAGUUUAGUAAUAGUUUUGUUAGACCAAGAAAUAAACCCCUUCAGGACAAAGCUGCCCCAGUUUAUAUGACGUCCCACACUUUCCGAAUUCACCCUAUAUGCGAAAAACAAAAUGUAAGCAUGAACGGCAAGUUGACAGUGUAGGAUCAAAGAACUGACCACAGAAGCUUACAGUGUCAGUUAGUCAGCGCAGGCUGGUCGCGUGUGCGGAGGAGAGGGACGGAAGCUAUACUGUUACAUGCGCAUUAUCACAAUGACAUCAUGGUCUGACUCUGCAGCAUUGCAUCGUAGAUACAAACGGGUGAAAAGAAAAAGGACAUGGAUACAAAUAUAUUUAAUUUCUCAAUAAGAAUGAGGAGGUGCUGGUAAUAUAUGCAAGUAACGCAACCGAAGACAGGACCCACUUAUUUCAGUGCAUAUUAGGUUUUCGACGGAUAAUCCAUAGUUGCAGCCGUUUUCGCCAUGGCUAACUCACGUGGGACAGUGGAGAUGGCGUCAUUGGAAUGUGCUGCCUCGAAUCUGGCAUGUGAAGCAUCACCGGAGCCUGACAGUGGGGCGCUGAGGAUGGUACUGGUGGGGAAGACAGGCGCAGGGAGAAGCUCUUCUGGUAACACCAUCCUAGGGAGGCAGGCAUUCCGGGUGGACAUCUCUUCAUGUUCUGUAACUGGUCAGUGUGACAGACAGAGUGGAGCUGUGGCUGGGAGGAACCUCACUGUGGUCGACACCCCAGGGUUCUUCGACACGCGCCUCUCCCCUCAGGAGGUGACAGCUGAGGCAGGCCGCUGUGUGCUGCUGUCCGCCCCUGGCCCCCACUCCUUCCUGGUGACCCUUCAGCCUGGCAGGUUCACUCAGGAGGAGCGGGAUGCCCUAGAGUGGGUCAAGGCCACUUUUGGACCAGGAGUCCUCAGAUACACAGUAGUACUGUUCACCUGGGGUGACCAUCUACAGGGAAAAAGCAUGGAAGACUUCCUGAAGGAGAGCCAGGAGCUCCAGGAGUUUGUGAGUAGAUGUCAGGGGGGCUACCAUGUCUUCAACAACAGCAACAAGAUAACAGACUGCACUCAGGUCACAGAGCUCCUGGAGAAGAUAGACAAGAUGGUGACGCAGAACGGAGGUGGCUUCUACACCAACGAGAUGUACCAGGAGGCAAUUCUGGGAGAGAGAAGGAUGACUCCAUUGAAGCAGGAGGAGGAUGGGGUGAAGACAGGGCCAGAGCCUCAGGGACCGGAGGCAGAGAGAAUGAGAAGGAGGGAAGAGGAGGAGAGAAGAGAGGAAGAGGCAGCCAGAAAGAAGGCAGAGAAGUUGUUCUGGUGUGAGCUGGUGUCUGCCCUGGGGAAGGGGGCGGCAGAGGGAGCUGGAGUAACAAGCAAAGGGAAAGGGAAAGCAGUGAAAAAGGUUAAGGCGAUAGAGAGGGCAGCAGCUUUGGCUACCACACCGCUGUCAAUCACAUCAGCUGCCAAAGUGGUGGGAGGAGCUGUGAGAGAGGGAAGUAAAGUGCUUUACAAACACCGCAAAACUCUCCUACACUGACGGGGACUUAAUAUCCACUAUUAUUCACUGUAUGGUGCUGGGUUAUCAGGUAGAAGAUGAGGGUCUUAAAUAACCCGUCUAUUUUUUUCUGUCUCUGAAGUGCAAGUGUUCUCUGAAAAAUCCUCACAAUGACUUCAUAAGGCAGGCUUGCUAAAGAGCGUCGAUGCACUUUCUUCCAUUGACAGUCAUAGUUGAUGAAGCUAUUAAUGCACUAACACACGGAGGUAAAUGAUCAGAAAGUGAAUAAGAGUUGGUAGAAUACAAAAUGCAGUGUAAUACCAGUGUAAUGGAACUGCCACCAUCAUCCUUAGUAGAAGCCCAGCCCUGACAGUUGAGGAAGUGAUUAUAUUUGACCACGUUGUCAUAGUGCCGCGGGAGUAAACAGGCAUUCAUUAUCGAAUACUCAAUAGAAAAGUGAAGUGUGCUGUGAAUUUUUUUUAAAUGGUGUGAAUCGCUAGUGUGAGUAUGCAGGAGUAAACAUCCUGUAGUGAUGAAACACAAUUUAAAGUAAUCAACACGAAGAACCAGUAAAUAUACCUUUUACGGACCUGAUUUACAAAUGGUGAAGGUUCUUUGUAUUAAAAUGUUGCUCAUUACAACAUGGGUGCCACAGCUGUAAAAGGCCCAUAUACACAUUUAGUAGUA